AUGCCAGCAAACAGUCUGGCGAGUUCCCUCCCCCAGAACACCGUCGGGACGGCAACAGUUGUCAUCGAGAGCUUUCUCCUGCUGUUGUGUUAUUUAUCAAUUGGCCUGCGGGUGUGGAGCAGAAACUUACUUCAGAUGCGAUUACAAGCCAAUGAUUAUCUCAUUUUGAUAGCUGCGGUUUUGAUGACUAGUCGAUAUGGAGUUGAAAUGACCACAGUAAUCAAGUGUGGCCAAGGCCUUCACCAAGAAUAUGUCAUAGCGACAGCAGGACGAGGAAUGAUUACAGUUUUCCUCAAACUCGUAUACGUCCUCGACCUCCACUGGUUGACUCUCGUAACUUUGAUCAAAUUAUCAAUUCUACACUUCUACUCAGUCGUGUUUCGAGGCAAAGAUGCUUUCGCCAAGGUAGUCUACGGCGUCAUGGCUAUAGUGCUUGCAUAUUGGAUUGGAACGUUCUGGACUGAUGCAUUCUUGUGCAACCCUCCGAGGAAAGCGUGGGAUGUCGACAUACCGGGUACAUGCGGUAACGCAAACAUGAUGUACACAGCCAUGGCUUCAGCAGAUCUUAUCAUAGACGUCAUCGUGAUUCUGCUUCCAAUGCCCAUACUAUGGACACUGCAACUCAAGACAUCAAAGAAAAUUUUGCUGACAGCUGUUUUUGGGCUUGGGUUUGUAAUUAUAGGGAUCACGUGUGUGCGAAUCAAAUACAUGCUCGAGCUCGACCCUACCGAUAUCACGUAUACAUUUGCGCCAUUAGCGCUGAUCGCUGCCAUCGUGCCUCUACUUGGAAUAAUAAAUGCAUCCUUGCCAACUAUGCGACCAGCCCUGGAGGAAAUAUUCGGGCCAAAAUUGAACAUUGGUAGCGGUGGUAGCAGCAGCGGACGCCGGCCCUGGUACAAGUAUCAUUCCAGAGACGCACGGCAUGUAUCUGGAAUGGAGGAGAGCAACAACCAGAGAAGAAACUCUGACACCGAGUUUCCUCUUGUUACUAUUGGAGGCACAGAGUAUGGCGCAGAACCACAAGCACGACAAGUUCGGAUGAAAGUCGCAAGCGAUUGGGAUGUAUGCUCAAUUCACUCGGAUAAGGAGCGGCGGAGUGUGGCAGAUGCGGGCGCUUAGGUGUAAGCCGGCUUACCUCUCUCAGAUAGCCUUCGUGUAGAUUCAAUUUGAUCACCUGGGUAUGUAAAGUCUCCAUAUUACAUGUAUAUAUCAGAUCAAGAAUAAGGACCGCUGGGUCCAAUUCACUCACAUGUCUCAGCAAGACCUGCC